AUGGUUCAAAUCUUGCUGCCCGAGGCACUCUAUGCCGUGACGACCUCAGCGCGCUGCGAACACGUCGCGUCGCAUUGCUACUGGCACCUCGAGCUCGAGCUGCGGGUGGACGAUACGCGCCUGCCGCUGCGCAACGUCGAGACCGACACGGCCGUGCAGCGUCUCUCCGGCAGUCUUUUUGUGUCGUCGAUACGUCCCGUCGACGGCAGCGAUUUCCACGCCGUCGGCGUCGGCAACCAGCUCGUGGCGGUCAACGACACCGAGCUUGGUACACUCAAUGUCCUCGAGAUGCAUCGGCUGCUGCAAGCGGCAACCGAGCACGCGCCAACGCACCUCCUCUUCCUCCGCCACGACUAUGCCGAUGCCAACGUCGCACUGCACCACAUGCGGCCCCCGCUGCUGUCGCCGUUUGAGGUUGCUACGUUUACGCACAACGACGUGGCGUGGUACUUCUCGCCGUCGUACGCUCUCUUUGCUGAUACUACUGGGCAUCGCCCGACCCUGACGUGGACGUCCCGGGCGUGGCAGCUGUGGCGCGAGGCGCAGACGCGGCUUCACUCUUCGCUGUAUUCAUGGGACGAGAUUGCCUUGGCGCUGGAAGAAAAAAUGUGGCAACACCUCUGCGCCAAUCUCCUCGACGAGUACCUCUGGCCACAAAUGAAGAUCCCAUAUAUUGCGCACCUCAAUUUAAACAACGAUGCUCGGGACGCUUUGUACUGCCAGCACUUUACGACACCAAGCCUCAAUAACUGGGGUCUCGAGCUCGCGGUACAAGCGCCCUAUGCACUGACAACAACGUCGCUAUCCUCCACGUCCAAAGGCAUUGUCGUCGUGACCAAGGCGCCAACGCACGACCAACUCGCAGUCAUGGCCGGGGACAUCCUCGUCGCCAUCAACCAUAGUUUUCUGACGACAACAAUUCCGUCGGCACGCAAGAAGCUUCAGCGGGUGGCGUCCCAAGCAUCGCGAUUGCACCCGGCCUCGCUCCUCUUUCUUCGAUACGAACACUUUGGGAUUGCUCGACAUUUGACUUCGGGCACGGCACUCCCACCGGUGCCCCUGUCAAUCCCGGACCUGCUCUCGAGUCUGUACCCACCGGCGCUCGAUACGGCCAUCGUGGAGCGGCUACCUCUGCAGGUGGACGCACUGCAGUGGCUCUUCUCAGAAGCCAAUGCCUUUACAACACAUCGCAUCCAAAAUCAACUUUGGUACAAAUGA